AUGCCAGCUAAAAGCGUCGCGGUUAUCGGCGCGGGGCCUGCAGGGGCCAUCACCGUCGAUGCUUUGGUGCAGGAAAAGACCUUUGAUUCGGUCCGGGUAUUCGAGCGCCAGGACCAGUCUGGUGGAUGCUGGAUCCAUCGCCCAAAUGAACCCCGACUCCCACUAGACAUCGACAAACUCUCCGCCAGAACAGCCGAUGCGCCCAUUCCCAUCCCCCCUCAACUGCCAUGCCAUGCCCCCGCCGUUUCCCAGAACCGUUUCGCCGAUUCGCACAUCUACCCCACGCUCGAGACCAAUGUCGACGCUUCGGUUAUGUCGUUUUCGCAGGAGACCAUCCCCCCCGUCCGGUCUGAGCGGUCGAUUGCCCUGCACGGUCCGGAUACGCCGUUUCGACACCACACUGUUGUCAAGAAAUAUAUCGACGAUCUGUUCAAUCGCAAUGGGUACCAGGAUCUGGUCGAGUACAAUACCACGGUUGAGCAGGCGGUGAAGAGUCCGGAUUCGGGGAAGUGGGAGCUCACGUUACGGCGGGGUGAGAAGGGGAAUGUGGACUAUUGGUGGACGGAGUCGUUUGAUGGUCUUGUUAUUGCGACGGGGCAUUAUUCCGUGCCGUAUAUUCCUGCUAUUCCCGGGUUGAAGGAGUUUGUGGAACGAUAUCCGGGGGGUGUUGAACAUACCAAGCAAUAUCGGGGUCCGGAGGGGUAUCGCGGGAAGAAAGUGGUCACAGUGGGAGCAUCCGUCUCCGCAGCAGACACAGCAGUUAGUCUGAUCGACCACGCCCAAGCACCCAUCUACACCGUCACCCGCGGGAAAUACAACGUCUACUUCGGAGGACAAGCAUUCAAACAUCCCCAGCUUUCAGAACGGCCGCCCAUUUCGCAUAUCUCCGUCGACGAUCGGACCGUGCACUUCGAAGAUGGCACUUCCGCAGCAGGUGUAGAUCACAUUAUCUUCGGGACUGGGUUUAGCUGGACACUCCCGUUCCUUCCUGACAUUCCAACGAGGAAUAACCGCGUCCCGGAUUUAUACCAGCAUGUCUUUCAUCAACGGGAUCCAAGCCUCAUCUUCAUUGGCGCUGUCGGCACCGGCCUAACCUUCAAAAUCUUCGAAUGGCAAGCCGUCGCAGCAGCCCGUGUCCUCGCCGGUAAAGCCUCCCUCCCACCCCUCGAAGCCCAACAGCGCUGGGAAACAGACCGCAUCUCUGUAAAAGGCGACGGGCCCGGUUUCACGUUAAUACAUCCGGAUUUCAAGGAGUAUUUCGAAGAAAUGAGACGGUUAGCUGGGGAACCUGGGGAGGGGCAGCCGGGACGGAGAUUGCCGGUUUUUGAGCAGAAGUGGGUGGAUGAUUUCUGGGCUGGGCAUGAGAAGAGAGUUGCUAUGUGGGAGAGGUUGAAUGGGGAGGGAAGGGGGUAUCGGUUGUAG